UGAUGAGGCACUGGUAGGUGGUACUGAUGGGCAUUGACAGGCAUCACUGAUGGGCACUGAAAGGCAGCACUCAUAUAUGACACUGAUAGGUGGCACUGACUGGCAUUGAUAGGUGGCGCUGACUGGCACUGAUAGGUGGCAAUGAAAGGCAGCUUAGAUGGGCACUAUCAGUGCCAGUCAGCGCCACCUAUCAGUGCCAGUCAGUGCCACCUAUCAGUGUCAUAUAUGAGUGCUGCCUUUUGUGCCUCAUCAGUGCAGCUUAUCAAUGCCACAUAUCAGUGCCUACCAGUGCAUAUCAGUGCCCAUCUGAGC